CGAUGUUCGGACUUAUUGACAUCGUUAAAUUAUGACUGACUACCGUUAACGUCGCCAGUAUGAAUUCUCAUGAAGUCGCGUAGAUCCUGCAGGAAGACAUGUCGAUUUCUGCAAGGCACGAGGCACUACUGCGUGGAAAGUGCGACCGACCCUCCGGCACGGCGAAGGGUCGUCAUCACGGGGAUCGGUCUGGUGACGCCGCUCGGGGUCGGCUGCGAACACGUGUGGAAGGAGAUCCUUAACGGAUCGUGCGGCGUCGGGAAUCUUCCCAAGGAUCGCUUCCAGGGAAUACCGUCGCAGGUGGCAGCGUUCGUGCCACGAGGGCCGAAACAUACCGAAUUCGACCCCGAAAACUACGUCAAACGCUCCGAGCAAAAGUCGAUGGCGCCGGCGGCCAUCUUUGCGAUCGCCGCGGCUGACGAGGCACUGCGAGACGCCAGGUGGCGCCCCGUGAAGGAGCAUGAGCGUGAGCGCACGGGCGUCGCCAUCGGCGGCUGCAGCGUCGUCGCCGUUCAGGACAUCGUCGACACGGCGCGCGCGUUCGAGCGCGGCUACAACAAGGUUUCGCCGUUCUUCAUCCCUCGCAUCCUCACCAACCUCAUCGCGGGCCACGUCAGCAUCCGACACGGAUUCGCCGGGCCCAACCACUCGGCGUCGACCGCCUGCACGACGGGACUCCACGCCGUCGGCGACGCGUUCCGAUUGGUCAAGCAUGGCGACGCCGACGUGAUGGUGUGCGGCGGCGCGGACGCGUCCAUCGAGCCGGUCGUCGUCGCCGGAUUUGCUCGCAUGAGGGCGCUGAGCACGCUAUACAACGCCGAGCCGCACACGGCAUCGCGGCCAUUCGACGCGCAUCGCGACGGGUUCGUCAUCGGAGAGGGCGCCGGUGUGCUGGUGGUCGAGGAGUACGGUCACGCGCUGCGGAGAGGCGUGCCGAUACAUGCCGAGGUGCUCGGGUACGGAAUGUCGGCGGACGCUCAUCACGUCUCGGCGGCGCGCCCGGACGGCCGCGGCGCCCAUCUAUGCAUGGCCGCGGCCGUGCGCGAGGCCGGCGUCUCGCUCGAGGACGUGACGCACGUCAACGCGCACGCGACCUCGACCCCGGUCGGCGACCUCGCCGAGGCGCGCGCGAUACGCUCGCUCUUCGGCGACUUCGCCGGCGGCGUCGCCGUCUCGGCGACAGGGCGCACGGGGCACCUGCUGGGCGCCGCGGGCAGCGUGGAGGCGGCGCUGGCGGCGCUCGCGUGCCGCGACGGCUACGUGCCACCGACGAUCAACCUCGGCGAGCUGGAGCCGGAGCUGGGAGCGCGGCGCAGCAACUUUGUGCCGCUCGUGCCGCAGACGUGGUCGGGCGUGGAGAAGCGCCGCGUCGCGCUCACGAACUCGUUCGGCUUUGGCGGCACGAACGCGUCGCUGUGCGUCGCGCAGGUGUGAGGCGCAGGUGUGAGGCGCAGGUGUGACGCGCAGGUGUGAGUCGCAGGUGUGACGCGCACGUGUGACGUGAAGGUGUGAGGCGAAGGUGUGAC